CGUGGUUUCUGGCUCAAUUUUUAGCUCAACUGUUUGACACACAAGCGUGUUUGCUGUGCCGGCCGCUUGCCUUGCUGUGAUUUACGGUACUUUUUCUGUGAACUGGAUUACAACGACGUACUUUUUUCUCGUGCCUGUGUGCGUAAACUGUGUGCAGUGGCUUUAGCGAAACUGCCUGAAGGUGGAAACAGUCGUACUUCGGCCAGCCGUUUUUCCCCAGCGAGAGUAGAAUCUUUUGAUACGCCAUCGUUAAUCGCGACACAUAAAGAGUAGAGGCAAACGCAGGCACAAGAGGAGAAGCAAAAUGGCGCAUCUAGCGCUGUGGCGGAGGCUGGCCGCGCUGUUGGCCAUCCUCUGCCUACACGGAUUCGUACUGCCAACGGAGCAGCACACCGCCGUUCGGUACGGCGAUCCGCCGUCUAUUCUACACGUGGAACCGGACAUCGACGUGGCCCGCAGGCUACCACGCACGUUGACCAUCUCGACGAACGAUGAGGCGGACAGCGAAACCACCGACCCCGAGGUGGCCGCACUGCUCGAGCGGUCCACGUUCCUUCGGGAAGAAUUGGUGCGCGUUCGCCGAGAUACUUCUUCGAAUGUCAAGAGCAGCAGCAGCAGCACGGUGCAAAACAGCACCUCCACUGCGACGUCCGGCACCAACACUUCGACAGCCACGAAGAAGAACACGGUAUCAACGGAGUUUUCAACGUCGCCGGUAAUCGCAGCAAAGACCACUCAGCUCAACGAUUCGCACGGGCAGCUGAUCGUGCACUGGUUGGGUGAAGGAACGGAUAUUAUGAUCUGUCUUGCACGAGAGCCACCGGAUACGGACAUGAAGUCUCCACCACCGCCACCAUCUCGUAUCUUCAUGUCGAACGACUAUGGCGACACGUUCGAGGACAAAACGAAACAGUUCAUGCUCAAAAUCAACGGCACCAUGGUGAACUCUACGGUGGAGCAAUUUUUUACCCAUCAUAAAUAUAAUACCAUUGUUUUCAUCGAUCCCCGAAAUCAAGCCAUCUUCACUUCGGAAGAUUAUGGAAAAACGAUAACCGUGAGGAUGCUCGAUUUCACACCCUCAGAUGUGACAUUUUAUGAUACCGACAGUCGGACCUUCCUCGUUUUGGACAAGCGUGAUCCCCAGCGCAAGCUAUACUAUACGACUGAUUUCGGUGCGUCAUUCACGCUGCUCCAAAGCUAUGUCAAAUCAUUCGUUUGGUCCUCGGGCGAAGGCGUUCCAAUACAUCUCUACGUGGAGCGAAAAGAACCGACCAACACGUCGUCGGUAAUUUUCUUCAAUGCGGCCGAUCUGUACAGCGGCAACCGCCAGUUUAAUGUGCUGAUCGAGAAGGUUGAAGAUUUCCAUAUUAAAAAGGACUUCAUGUUCGCUUCGCAGCGGCUUCCUAAUAGCACCCAGCUGCUCAUAUCCUACAAGCGCGGCAAGUUCGUAAAGGCCGACUUCCAAACCGAGCUAGACAUUCGCGGUUACCACGUGGCCGACGUCGAGGGACGCCGGAUCAUGAUUUCGGUGGUGCACACGGAGCGCAUCUCUCACCUAUACGUUUCCGAGUCCAACGAUGAUAUGACGGAUAUAAAGUUCGUACCGAGUCUGGAGAAUGUUUUCAGCUAUAUUCCAGAUUUAAACUGGCGGUCCAGUUGGUUGGUGAAAUCUUCCGAUACGGCCUUUACUGAUGUAUACCGAGUGGAGGGACUGCGGGGAAUUUAUAUUGCGUCGAAGAUGAAUCGUGUUCCGGUUGCGGAAACGAUUACCCCGGACUAUUUGGUAUCGGUUAUUACGUUUGAUCAUGGGAACACGUGGCGACCGAUAAAAGCCCCGGAUGCGGAUGACGAGGGGCAGCCACUGUUGAACUGUGGUAAAGACUGUAGUCUCCAUUUGUCUCAGAAAUUUUGUUCGCUCUAUCCGGUGACGAGAUCGGUGACAAUCAUGAGCUCGAAAUCGGCCCCAGGUGUUAUCAUGGCGUCGGGUGUAGUAGGAAAAUCAAUGAAGGGCCAUCCGGGUGUGUACAUAUCGCGGGAUGCCGGCAUGACAUGGAAACAAAUUCUAAAAAAUUACCACUUUUUCAACAUGGGCGACCACGGGGGGCUACUGGUGGCAGUAAAGUACUUCAAGUCGAAGGGUGAAACCAACGAAAUACUCUACUCGACGGACGAAGGAGAGCGCUGGCACUCGACUCCGUUCAUCGGCAAGCAGCUGAAGGUGUACGGGCUGAUGACGGAGCCGGAAGCUAACGGGACCAUCUUUACGCUGUUCGGGUCAGAGCAAGAGGAGCACCGUUGGUUGAUUAUCAAGCUUGAUCUCAAGAAUGCGUUUACCUCGAACUGCACCGAGGAUGAUUACAAAUUCUGGGCACCGGGAUCGUACUCCAGCGAUUCGUUCGUACCGUGUGUACUGGGACGUCAGGACACGUAUCAGCGACGAAAGCCACACGCGAACUGUCACAAUGGAAUCGAUUACGAGCGGCCCAUCCGGCAGGAGGUAUGCGAGUGCAAUACCUGGGACUUUGAGUGCGACUACGGGUUUGUGCGAAGUGGCCAGAAGCGAUCGUCGUGCGUCCGAAACAAGACACUCAUGAGCUUUGAUCCGUAUGAGGUACCGAAAAGCUGCAAACCGGGUGCAUAUUACAACCGAACCAGAGGCUACCGAAAAAUUGAAGGUGAUGUGUGCGUCGACGGCUUUGCUUCACAGUUUCUGCCACAGUCUAUCCCCUGCCCAAUGCAACAGUCGGAGGAGUUUCUUAUUGUGGCGCAGCGGGAGAAAAUUUCCCGCAUCGAUCUACGCAACAACAACAGUCGCAUGGAGUUUGCCAUUCCAGGGCUGAAGAACGUGAUCGCGAUCGAGUUCGACAUGAAGCGGAACUGUGUGUUUUGGGCGGACAUCAUGACGGACGUGAUUGGGCGUCUGUGUUUGAAUGGAAACUUUACACCCGAAACGCUGUUGGACAACGGGCUGUCGUCGGUUGAGGGCAUGUCGUACGAUUGGAUCUCGGAAGUGCUAUACUUUGUCGACGGGAUGCGGCUGAUGAUCGAAGCGUUGCGCAUUCCACCGCCUGGCACGGUUCUAACGGCCUGGGACGCCCACCGGCCUUCUCACCUGCGGCGCACGAUCAUUGACAAUAAGCAUCUCAAUAAGCCGCGUGGCAUCGUCGUCCAUCCGAUGGAGGGUUACAUCUUCUGGACGGAUUGGAACUCGAUACGGCCAUCGAUUUCGCGCGCUAACAUGGACGGCACGGACGUUCGUGAGCUGUUCACUAAGCCGGACGUCGCGUGGCCGAACGGGGUAACGAUUGACUACAUGGCUCAGCGAUUGUACUGGGUGGACGCGAGCAAGGACUACAUCGCUAGCAGCGAUCUCGAUGGAAAAAACUUCCACAAGGUACUGCAGGCGGACCCGUACGUGCAACAUCCGUUCGCAGUGGCCGUGAUGAAGGAUGUGAUGUACUGGGAUGAUUGGAAGAAGAACUCUGUCUUUUCGGCGGACAAAGACCAUGGUGUUAUGGUGCAGCUCAUAGCGGAAAACAUGCUAAACUCGAUGGACAUGAAGGUGUACGGCCACACGAUCCAAGCUGGCACGAAUGGUUGUGCCGAAAAUAAUUGCGCGCACAUGUGCGUUGGCUUACCAAAGGGUAACCACACUUGUCUCUGUCCGGACAGUAUGGAGCUGGUUGGGCAGCGGUGCAACUGUCCGGCCGGGACGACACUGCAAAUUAAUGGAUGCUCCCGAGGUAGCAGCAAGUCCUGCGGCCCAAAACUGUUCGACUGCGCCAAUAGUUUGUGCGUCCCACUGAGCUACCGAUGCGAUGGCGACAACGAUUGCGAGGACAACAGCGACGAGGAAGGAUGCCCGGUAAACAAACCUGCUUGCCCGCCUCAUAUGUUCACCUGUAAGGAGAACCGUAACUGCAUUCCGAAGUACUUUGUGUGUGAUUUUGACAAGGAUUGCAACGAUGGAAGCGACGAACAGAACUGCAAGACACCGCACUGCAAGCCGGAUGAAUUCGCGUGCGACAACGGGCACUGCAUUAAGCCGACCUGGGUGUGCGACGGAGAGGACGACUGUCGGGACGGCUCGGAUGAAAAGGAUUGCCGCAAGAAGAACGCAACGCGCGUGGAGUGCAAAGCAGACGAGUUCCGGUGCAAUGCGACGGGCAACUGCCUGCCGAACCAGUGGCGCUGCGAUACGGAGGUCGACUGUGCGGAUGGCUCGGACGAGCGAAACUGCACCAGCAACAAGUGCGAACAGUGGAUGUUCACGUGCGUGAGUGACGGCAGAUGCAUUUACAAAACGUGGCAUUGUGAUGGCGAGAAGGAUUGCAAGGACGGUAGCGAUGAGGUGGAUUGUCCCGCAAUCAACGCUGGUGGCACGGCCAACAGCACCACCAAGGAUCCACCGACAAAGAAACCGACCAUCAACUUUAAUCCCGGCCAGAGCUGUCACGAUUGGAUGUUCAAAUGCAACAACGAUCGGUGCGUGCCGUACUGGUGGAAGUGUGACGGGGUGAACGACUGCGAAGAUCACUCCGACGAACAGGGGUGUGGCGAUACGGAAAAGGGUACCAAUGGGACGACUGGACAACAACCGGGUACAACGGUGAUAACAUCAACGCGCCCACCACCACCGACCCGCCGCAAGGACAGAGUGUGCGGUUUACACGAGUUCCGCUGCAACUCUGGGUCGUGCGUCUCGAAGCGGUUCGUCUGUGAUGGCUACCACGAUUGUCCGCAGGGCGAAGACGAGCAGCACUGCCAGGGUAAUAAGGUGUGCAACAAUAGUAACUUCCGUUGCCGUACCGAUGGCAUGUGCUUACCGAUGGACCGCUUGUGCAACGGAGUACAGGACUGUGCCGACGGUAGCGACGAGGAUUGCAAAUUCAAACCCAAUACAUCUUCUACGACGGAUAAAAAUUGUAGCACUAACCCGGGAGUAUUUCCUUGCGAUAAUACUUGCUUUGCGCUGACGGUGCUGUGCGAUAGAAAAGUGGACUGCUAUGAUGGAACGGACGAGGAGAAUUGUGGCGAUUACAAAAAAGAACGACAUUAUCAAGUUACGCAGAUUGGUGUUGACCAACGUUCGCUUAAUUCGACUAGUUUCCUGAUAUUCUGGUGGAUUCCACUAACGGCAAAUCUUGCGCUAGAAUAUCUACCCUCAAUAUACUACGGCAAUGAUUGGAAGAAUGCAACCAACUGGAUCAACGAGACGGAGUAUCGUUUCACCAAUCUCAAACCGUACACAAUGUACAAGGUGACAACAUACGUUCGGGUGAAGGGCCAGUCGAAGGUCACCCCUCCGUACAUCUACUACGACAUUGCGACCACCGAAGGCACACCAACUGAUCCACUCAACGUAUCAGUCAUCCAGCAAAACGGAUCACGCGUCCUGGUUAGCUGGGAGGCACCUAAAGAAGUAAACGGCCACCUCGACGGCUACACGGUUUACUUCCAGUCACAGUCGAAAAAUGUUAUCCCUGCGCUAAACGUCAAAGUGAGCGCAUCGGAAACAAGCGUUAUCAUCGAUAAAGACUUCAUACCCGACGUCGUGUACCAGUUUUGGGUGAAAGCGCGCAACGGUAAGCACGAGUCGGUGCCGUCGAAAAUGGUUUCACUGAAGUUCGAUGGAACAUCGUUUGUGGAGAAAGUCACCAACAUCAAGGUGCUCAACCAAACGGCCAAAUCGGUGACGCUGACGUGGAAACCGGUGGCCAAUGCGGAAGGCUACAUUGUGGUGCCGAUUCUACCACAAAUGUACCCGGUGCUGCCGACCAUCAAAGUUCAAAAUGUGACCUCGGUCACGCUGGAUAACCUAGUACCGGGCACGCAGUACGUCUUCAAGGUGGCAGCGUAUGCUAAGAACUUUUUCGGCCAGCACGAAACACAGAUUGUGAACUUCGCAGGCGAUCCUCUGCCAGCUCUGAACGUUGUGUUGAAGGAAAAAACCGAUGAAUACGCAUUAUUGGAGUGGAACGAACCACAGGGCAUUGAUGUGUCCAAGGUGAUAUACGGCGUGUAUUACGGUACCAGUAUGGAUGCCCUUUUUGAAGCCGCACGUAUCAACACUACAAAUCGCAGCAUAAAAUUAACUGGGCUGAUGCCUUGCCAGUCGUACUUGGUGAGUGUGGGCAUCGUCGGUCCCGUUGGUCCCGGUCCGCUCGGACGUAAUCCUUUGAAGCUAGAGACAGCCUAUAACCGCACGCUACCACCAAAGGAACUAACAGUCGAUAUUAUUGAAGCUAGUCAAGAAAUGACCAUCGAAUGGCAGCAUAGCUGUGCUUUGGACCUGGGCGUCUAUCCUGCGUACAUAGUAAAAGUACGCGAUUUGAUGCUCAAUAAAACUACCGUGGUAACGGUCCAGCCCUCGGCGAAUAAAACGUUGACACAUGUGUUCCGCCAAAUUCCAAAGGGUGCAGCGUAUGAAGUAUCCGUAUCGACGAUGCUGCCAAACGCGCAGGCAGUCAGCAUGAUCGUUUACUCGACCCCACUUCCAUCACCUUAUCAGUUGCAGGUAUGGCCGGAAGUCAACGGCACACACGUGGUUUACUGGAAGACCGUUUCAGACUUCAAGGACGAUGGUUUCGUCUAUGAAGUGAUUGUGAACGAGGGUCAUGGUAUAAAUGUUUCGGUGCCACCAGUACUCAUACUGCAGGCUAAAGAACCGCCUGUAUUCAUUGAGCCAUAUCAACUGAAAACGAUAACUGAGAAUGGCGUGUUUACGGUUGGCGUACGACUAAAAACGGAUCACGGCCUUUAUUCCGACAUCGUUGAGACGGAAUCGUUCACCAAGCACGACAUGCAAAUUCUGAUGCAGAUUGCGUCGUCCUCGGGGGUUAGUGCAUGGAUGUGGAUCGUGCCAACGAUUGUCGCCAUUGCGCUUCUUGUCGUCGUUGCGUACGGGUUCCAGCGACACCGUCGACUACAAACCUCAUUUAGCCGGUUCGCCAACUCUCAUUACGAUACUCGAACCGGGGCAACGCGCAUCGGCUGCACGAUGGACGAUGACGAACAUGAGCAUCAGGUGCCUCGCAGUUUCUCCGAUGACGAGCCUCUCGUUAUUGCUUAAUGUGUGGUCAGUGAUCUUACUUCCUUCCUAUGCGAUAUUCAAAACUAGAUUUCAUGCCGAGGGAGAGGGGAGAAGAGGGGGGGUGAUCUCAACGGCAUCCUUUCGGCUGGGCUCGCCUGCUCACUUGUAGUACCCGUUCCCAAAGAGACGAUGAAAGGCGAAAGUGAAGAAACUCUAGUAAACAGAACUGAUACAUACGAUACGAACCCAAAACAUUGAUCCUGUUCGUGUAAACAAGUCAAGUGAUGUUUAAAAACUAUGUUUAAAGCGAAGAGACGUAAAAGGGUAAAGAUAACAAAGACAAACUAAACAAAGAUACACGAAGGUAAAAACAAAAAUCAUUUAAUCUAACAUAAGCAUAUAGUGGCAAGUAAGGAAGAAAACUAUGUGGAUAGAAACAUAUGGGUGAACUAAUUGGAAGACUAAGGUAAUUUUUGUAUUUAUGUGUUGUUCGUUUAAUUGCGAUAUAGAAUUAUUUAAUGGCAGAAAGAAUUGUAAACGAAAAGAGAAAAACAAAUGCAAGAGAUUGAUUGUGCGUAUGUACACAUGAACUGAAGGUUAUAUUAUACCGGUUGUUUUUUUAGCUUAUCUGUUUGUAAACUAUGUAUAUUCUUAUGUUCGCUUUUCAGUAAUGUAGUAUUUUACCUAUGAAGCAUGAAGCUUUAGCGUACAUGUUUGCCACUCCCAAGUACGUUAUCGGAUACACGGUGAUUGAGAAUGAAGAGUUAAACACAAUGUAAAGACUUAGCAGAAACAAACAAAUAAUGAAUUUGAACAAACGUAAUAGUAAUUUGAAAACAUUCAGAAAAAAAUAUAGUUAUUAAUGGGUUGCAACUAUUGGAAUACAGCAACACGUUUGGAUGAUGGAGUAUUUUUUAUUAUUCUGUACAGAAAACUUAUGUAUGCGUGUAUGUGUAUGUGUGUGUAUGUACGCUCCAACGAUCGAAAGCAGAAUAUAUGAGGAGAAUAUGGAAAUUACACCUUGAAUUGUAUUCGCAGCAUCGUCAUAUUCAAAAUUUAUUUCAAACAAUCAAAACAUAACGAAAGACCAAAUUUUGACGAAUGCAUCGUAGAUCUAUGUGUGAGUUUUCUUUUUUGUUUUAGUAAUAAACAUUACUGGCAGGAAAAGUUUAUAAUAUUUGCAUAGAAAGUACAGAAACGAGCAUUCUGAAAUAAAAAAAACACAUAGGAUAAGGGGCUGACCGAUCAAGCUGAUGAAAUAGAUAUUGUAUGUGCGAACUUAACUAGAAGACAGUACC